UGCAAAGUCGGCUUCUUGCGCCCAGCUCUAGAAGCCCGCUCCCCCUCUCGACAUUUCCGGUUCUGCGACGAUCUUUGCGAUUCGUUGCAGAGCCAGCAUAUCGAUAGGUUCACGAUCCGUUCAGCACCCCCUCGGUUUUCCCGGUAGACACUGCGUGACGGCGACUGGAAGUCAUUGGACGCGCCUCUAUCCUCCCUAACACAAGAUGGUGUCCUCCGCCAUCGACGAACCGACCCCCUUCGCCCGCAAUGCGCCCUACAACCUCUCGUUAGCCACCUCCUCCUCCUCCUCCUCCGCCUCAUUCUGGUCCGACGUGUCUUCGCAGCACUCGGACGACUCGGUCUCGACCGCCCCGACAUCCUAUUCUGACUCCUGCGAUUCCUUUUACUUUUCGCAGCCUCCGACCUCUUCGCAAACCUCGACCAGCUCCCUCGGCAGUUCCUGUGAACCCGCCAUCAAGCUGCAUGAUCCCUGGGCAAAGUCCCAGCUCCAAGCCGACCCUAACAAGCUCCGACAGAACCCCCGGCGCACCGGCACCUCGGCGACUUCGCGUACCGGACGCCCGCCCUCGCUUGUGCGGCAGUCCGAUCGUAAGCUCAGCUUCGUCGAGAACCUCGUCGAUACGUCGACCCAUGUUGUGGAAGCUAUUUGGCCCACCUCAUCCGUGCCUCCGCGCCAUGACAGCGGAAACAAGGCGGUGCUGCCGCUUCGGACCUUCAUCCAGGAGACGCUGCGCCGCUCGCGGACCAGCUAUUCCACCCUGCAGGUCGCUCUUUAUUACCUGGUCUUGAUAAAGUCCCAUGUUCCGUCUUACGACUUCACCACGGAGCAGCCUGACGACUCGCGCUCGAGCCAGGCGAUCCAGUGCGGGCGUCGCAUGUUCCUCGCAGCCCUCAUCCUUGCCUCUAAGUAUCUCCAAGAUCGCAAUUAUUCGGCUCGCGCGUGGAGCAAGAUUUCCGGUCUUGACACUCUGGAGAUCAACCAAAACGAGAUGGCUUUUCUCUUGGCUGUCAACUGGAAGCUUCACGUCACCGAGGAGAUUUACAAGCGCUGGGCCGACUGCGUAUCCAAGUUUACGCCGACCCAGCCUCCUUCUCCUGGCGGAGCCGCCCAGCUGGUAUACGAGAGACAGUGCCACGACUUCCGGCGCAUCAUAUUGAACGUGUCCCCGGAGCUCGAUAACCUGGCUGAGCUGACCACUUGGUCGCCCGUUUUGACGCCCACUCAAGACCUCCCCCCCCGGUCCCUCUAUACCCCUCCCGCAGAGCCCACCGUCGCCUUUACGUUCGACGGGGAGCUUGGCUCAACCUCGAAGCUUCGCGGUGUUCCUACCAUCAUGGAGCCCGUUCCGUCGAUGGCGUAUGCGCCUGGCCGUUUGGUUCCGGCUCUCGGACUCCUGCCCACGCCGCGGCUAACUCCCCAGACGGGCGGAUUCAGCACUCCUGCAGCGAGUGCCGCGUCCUCUCUUCUCGGGAGGAGCUCGUCGAUGGGCUUUGCCAUGGCUCAAGUGACGUCGGCCACUUCGGCGCAGUCUACCGACCGGUGGCCGCCCUCGGCAACGUCGUCACCGAUGAGCUACCUUGCCCGUCGUUCCUCGCUCGCCAACUCGGUCUCAACGGCGUCCUCGCCCGAGUCAAUGGUCUCGGAUUCGUCCAGGCUCUCGCGCUCCUCCUCGAUCUCUUCGGCUUCCUCGGUCACCGCGCCGUCGUCCAAGUUGGACGUUCAGGCGCGAUACCGGUCUGCGAAGCUGUGCAGUGAGAGGGCGAGCUUGAGGCCGACCAUUGCAUCGGUCCCUGAAGACCACGAGGUUUUCAUGACAUCCUCGCCUGAGUCCUAUGCCAUCCCUGCUGGGAAGGAGCUCGGCGAAAUGUCUUGGGAGACGCCUUUGGGACGUCGGGAGCGCGAGAUGGACGAUGCGGCACGGGCUCUUCAGGAACUGCACCGCUCUGGCGCCAACCGACCCGCGAUGCCGGCAAGAGUUGGAUCCAAGCGGGGCAGGGCCGAUUCGGUCCACGACGACGUUCGCGAAAUGCUCGCUGGUCAGCAAGACAGCCUCUCCUGGCCCGAGACUAUGGUUCGCGCCCAGGUGCCCGCCCGGCGAGGCAGCCACAAGCGCGUCUGUUGCUCGACCGAGGCGGCCCGGGCACCCAUGUUCUCUGCACUUCACCCAGCCGUUGGAGGGUUUGGCGGCCCGGGGAUGUGGGAAGGGAUUCUCAAUUAAUAACGCUCUCUGGGCACACCCUAUCGACUUUUCAACAUGUCUAAUAUUGCUUUUACCGCGCCAUCUCGCACAUAUCAACAAUCUUUUAAACACACAACACGGACCACCCUUGUGAUACUAUUGUUUUCUUGUAUCGUUCCUUUUCCAGGAGGGUGAUGGCAGG